AUGUCGGACGAGUCCCAACUACCUGGCCUUCCUGGCUUUGACAGAAACAAUAUUCAACCAUGGACCGUCGAAGUCGUUGUUUCCAUGACUAUUCUAGCGUUGGCGUCGUGUGGUCUGAGAUUAUAUAGUCGACAUCUAAAAGCGCAGAAACUGUGGUGGGAUGAUUAUGUGAUUCUAUUUUCCAUGGUACGUUACACUCACGCACUCAAGAUAAAAUCUAACAACUUGGAGGCUUGGAACUUGGUCGUCGUCGGCUUCAUCUUUGCCAUGCACUCCUGCGGUAUGGGUCUUCACGCCGACAAGGUCCCUAUGGACCAAAUCGUCAUGAUGGCAAAGUGGCUCGUAGUAGCAGAAGUCCUCUACGCUUGGAAUCUGGGAUGGACCAAGCUGAGUCUUUUGCUCAUGUACUACCGCAUCUUUCGCGUGCCCUACUUCAAGAAGAUGGCCUGGAUCGUUGGCACUUUUGUCUUUGCCUGGGUCAUCACGAUCACGUUCCUCUUCAUCUUUAUCUGCGUCCCCGUUGCCAAACUGUGGUAUCCUGAUCUUCCUGGUCACUGCAUCAACCAGGUCGGAACCUGGAUUGCUAACGCCGCCUCGACAAUCUUUACCGACAUCGUCAUCCUAUGUCUUCCCAUCCCGCCUAUAUGGAAGCUUCAACUCGGCAGGUCUGAGAAGCUCGGCCUGACUGCUGCCUUUGCCAUUGGUUCUUUCGUCGUCUUCGCCUCAGCAUAUCGAACGAGCGUGCUCUUCACCUACACUGCUACCGAUCCGAGUUACACCCUCGCCCCGACCGUUGGAUGGACCGAAAUUGAAAUGUCGGCCGGCAUCGUUUCUGCGAAUCUCCCAACCAUGCUGCCCGUCCUCCGCCUCGUCGCCAAGUUUACCGGUUUGAGUAGCUUCGCAUCGACCAUCCGCAGUGGCCAGCGCUCCAAGGGUGAACAGUCAACCAAGGGACUUCAAUCCACCAACAAUCACAAGACACACAUAAGCAACAACUCUGGCUCUGUGUCAUCCAACAAUUUCUACAGGCUCAAUGACGAGAACGACUCUACGGAGAUUAUCAAGGGUGCCAACUUUACCGAAUCGGCUGCACCUGUGGACGCCAGCUUACGACCCGAUAUUCAGGGGUUUGAACUCACCACCAAAACUUACAACGCCAGAGCGGAUGGUAGCAAUAGCAGCAGCGAAGAGAUCUUGCAGGGGAUUAGAGUGCACAGAGAGUUUCACCAGUCAACGACACAGAGAUAA